GGUUAGUACGCGCGGUUGCACCGAGGCCGGUCCUCGCGCUCGCGUUUCCUCGCGCGGCAAAACGAGCCAGCCGCGUUCGCGCAGACACUCGGACGCGGGGGUUGAAGCGUACAAUUGGCCGAGAUGGAGUCGCCCUCGCGCGACUCGGUGGAGCUGCACAUCGAGGACGAGGACGACAAGCUGUUCGACGAGGUGCUGUGCAUGAAAAGCGAGGAGAUCGUCGAGCCCGAGGAGGGUGGCGCGAGGGACGACUGCGACACGAAGGGCGGCGUCGUCUGGUGCGAGGAGAACAGCGCGGACGCGGACGUUUGCAGGACCGGGGGUGACGACGAGGGGCCGGGCGCGAGGGGUAUCAAGUGCAUAGAGUACAAGAACAACGCGAGGAACGCGCCGAGGGACACGCACGCAACCUGGCGCAAGAGAACGAGGCAGUGCAAUGUCGACCAGGCCACGGGCGCCAAGGUCUCGCGCAGCAGGCGCUACUCCAGCGACUCCAGCACGACCACGAACUCGUCGGAGAGCGGCGGGCUGCGGGAGAGAAGGGAGGUGGAGUACGAGACGGAUCCGGUCGUGCUGACGCGCCGGCAGAAAGAGAUCGACUACGGGAAGAACACCAUCGGGUACGACAGAUACAUCCAGCUGGUUCCUAAGGAGACGCGGACGCGGGAACAUCCGAAGACACCGCCGAAGUGCAUAAAAUACAGCAGACGGGGCUGGGACGGUAUGGUGAGGCUGUGGCGGAAGCAGCUUCACGUUUGGGAUCCUCCCGAGGAGAAUGACAAGGCUGACUGAUGGGCGCAAGGUCAUUCCGUGCUGGGAGAGAACUGCCAAUAUCAUUUUCUUUAAUUUAUAUUGCAAUUAUAUUCUAUAUUAGCGGUUAUCUUUUUCGGUCUAUCUUGUUCAUUGAGCAUCGCUUCUAGCCACCCCCCGAGACUAUUUUUUUACGGUAUACAAGUAUGAAGGAUCGUACCAAAUGCGGGAGUAGCAUAAAGCAACCAUUACUGUUCUCAUGUACGUAAUUUUAUAAUCGUAUUUUAGAAAGUUUAGUUGCAUAUAUAAUACUAUAUAAAUAAAACAUUAAUAUUUGUAUACUAAAUGUAUAUUAAUGUUUAUAUACUAAAUGUCUCCCCCGGGAGGCCGAGACAACGU